AUGGGGGAGGAAGCCGGAGCAGCAGCAGUGGGGCCGACCAAGACUCCGGGCUGCAAGAUCUGCUGCGCGUGCCCAGCAGANGCAGCAGCAGUGGGGCCGACCAAGACUCCGGGCUGCAAGAUCUGCUGCGCGUGCCCAGCAGAGCGGCGGGCUCGUGACGAGUGUACCGUCUUCAAGGGUGUUGACGCCUGCCAGCGCGAGGUAGAGGCAUUCUAUACAUGCCUGCUACGCGAGGGCUUUAAAGAGGAAGAGGUGAACAGCCUGCGCAAAAGCGCAAGGAGCUUCUAG